AUGCCUAAACCCAAACACUGCGAGGCGGUGAGGGUGGUGGUGCGCUGCCGGCCGUUCAGCAGGAGAGAGCAGACAGCUGACUGUGAAAACAUCCUGCACAUUGAUGACAGACUCGGGCAGAUCACGCUCAAGAAGCCGAAGGCGCCACCUGAUGAGCCCAUGAAGGUGUUCACGUUUGAUUCAGUGUACGGGUGGGAUUCAAAACAAGGAGACAUCUAUGACGAUGCAGUGAGACCCCUGGUGGAGUCCGUGCUCCAGGGCUUCAACGGGACUAUAUUCGCCUAUGGACAAACCGGGACGGGCAAAACGCACACCAUGCAAGGGGUGACUAACGACCCAGAGAUGAGAGGGGUCAUACCAAAUUCAUUUCAGCACAUUUUUACACAAAUAUCCAGAACUCAGAAUCAGAAGUACCUGGUGAGGUCAUCAUACCUUGAGAUCUACCAGGAGGAAAUCAGAGAUCUGCUGUGCAAAGACAACAACAAGAAGCUGGAGCUCAAAGAAAACCCUGACUGUGGCGUCUACGUGAAAGACCUGUCCUCGGUGGUCACAAAGAACGCCACCGAGAUUGAACAUGUGAUGAACAUAGGCAGCCAGUCCAGGUCUGUGGGGUUCACCAACAUGAACGAACGCAGCUCUCGCUCUCAUGCCAUUUUUCUCAUAACAGUGGAGUGCAGCGAGGUGGGGCCAGAUGGCGAGGACCACAUCCGCGUUGGGAAGCUGAACAUGGUCGACCUGGCUGGCAGCGAGCGCCAGAGCAAGACAGGUGCGAAAGGGAAGAGACUGAAGGAGGCCGCCAAGAUCAACCUGUCCCUCUCAGCACUGGGGAAUGUCAUAUCAGCCCUGGUGGAUGGGAAGAGCACCCACAUCCCGUACAGAGACUCCAAACUGACCCGCUUGCUCCAGGACUCACUGGGUGGCAACGCAAAGACGGUCAUGAUAGCAACAGUUGGGCCCUCGCACAAGGACUUCGAUGAGUCCCUGGCCACUCUGAGGUACGCCAACAGGGCCAAGAACAUAAAGAACAAACCUCGGAUCAACGAGGAUCCCAAAGACGCCCUGCUGAGGGAGUUUCAGCAGGAGAUUGCACGCCUGAAAGCACAACUAGAGGAGCGAGGGAUGCUGGCAAAGGAGAGGCAGAGGAGGAGGAGGGACAGCAAAAGACUGAGUAAAAGCAUGGCUGGGGUGGAGGAGGACAUGUUCGGAGAGAGGGAUGGGGAGGUGUGGAAGGCCUUUGAGGAGGAACCAGAGGUGAGACGACGCAUUAAAGAUGGAUGUGACUUCUCCAAGCCUCUGAGGAGCGGGGAGAAGUUAAAGCACCUGAAUGAAAACAGAAAAAGUUUAGUGGACAUGCAGUGGGAUCCAGAUGCUCUGGAGAAGAUCAUUGAGAAAUAUAAGGCUAUGGAGAGCAAACUGUUAGUGGGAGGAAAGACUAUAAUUGAUCACACAAAUGAACAGCAAAAAAUGCUGGAGCUGAAGAGGCAAGAAAUUGCAGAACAGAUAAGACGGGAGAGAGAGAUCCAGCAGCAGAUGAUGUUGCAGGACGAGGAGACGUUAGAGAUGAGGGAGACAUUCUCCUCCCUGCAGCAGGAGGUGGAACACAAGACAAAAAAGCUGAAGAGGUUGUACGCCAAACUGCAGUUGGUGAAGGCGGAGGUGAGAGAUGUCAUUGAUGAACACGUCAUAACCAGACAGGAGCUGGAACAGACACAGACCGAACUCACCAGAGAACUCAAGUACAAAUAUCUCCUGAUUGAGAACUUCAUACCUCCGGAGGAAAAGAACAAGAUCAUGAACAGACUGUACUUUGACAGCGAGGAGGACCAGUGGAGGCUCCAGCCGGUCAUUCCAUCAGAGAGUGCACCCACUCAGGUCAAGAGAAGGCCUCUCUCUGCUGUGGGAUACAAGAGGCCAAUCAGCCAAUAUGCACAGAUGGCUGUUUCCACAGCAACCGGGGCCCCAUCUAGAUACCAGGCGGAGAACAUAAUGCUGUUGGAGUUAGACAUGUCUCCACCGACCAUGUUCGCCCUGAACCUUAACGGCGCUCACCUGGAGAGAGUCUUUUCUCCGAGGCUGAUGAGGGAUCUUCUGGCAACUGUUCCCAUCAGAGAGAGGAGCGCUGCAUCAUCACGGGUCAGGAAAUCCCAAUCCUGGUAUCAGGCACCACAAGCAGCCUCCAUGUCAUCAUCCUCAUCGUCCACCACUCUGACAUCAGCGUCUCAGAGCUUCUCUCCCUCUCAGAGACAAAGACCAUCCUCCGCUGCCUAUCUUCCACAGACAAGCCCCUGA